UCUAUCUCUCUCUAGGUAGAAUGGCCUAGUCAACUUCAUGUCAUGCUCUCACUUUUUGAUGUUCCAUAAUAAAGAGCUUGAUCAAUCCCCAUGUCUUUUAGAACUCAAGAAACAAAAAAAAGUAUACUAUAUAUUAUUACUAUUUCACCUCAUCUAACUCAUUCCCAAAACAAGACUCACUCUUUAAUAGCACAAAUCUAUAUAUUCUAUAAAUAAACACCAUCAAUUUUUUAUUAUAUCUUUGUUAUAAAAGUCACCAUUUCCAUUUCUGAAUCACCUCUUUCAUGCUAUUCUUGUUCCUCCUCAACCCUAACUCCAUUUUUUCAACCCCAUCCCAUCUAAGUAAAAACAAAUUAAAGCAAUUUACUCCUUUUUCUUUUUUUGUUGCCUGCUUCUGCAACUAAAAUCUCCACCCAUUUUAUUCAGAGAGGAAAACCAGCUGGAAUAAUUUAAGAAGCUUUUGUUUUCUCUUGUUGUUUUGCUACAAAAAUGUGGAUGAUGGGCUAUACUGAUGGAGGUGAGUUCAACAUGGCAGCAGACUCCUUCAAUGGCAGAAAACUAAGGCCUCUCAUUCCAAGAACGCCAGUUGUGUCUAAUUCUACAAACAACGGCUCUAACUCCAGCCCUCCUACACUUAAUUGUCUUCAUGGCACUGAUUUAUUUUCACUAAAUCACCAUCUAGCAGCAAUGGCGGAUCAAAGCAAAAGAGAAUUCCAGAGUCAACCAGUUGUAGUGAGUUCAAGAUGGAAUCCGACGCCGGAACAAUUAAGAACACUCGAAGAACUGUAUCGGAGAGGUACAAGAACUCCAUCAGCAGAACAAAUACAACACAUAACAGCACAGCUUAGACGAUACGGAAAAAUCGAAGGGAAAAAUGUGUUCUACUGGUUCCAAAAUCACAAGGCAAGAGAAAGGCAAAAACGAAGGCGUCAAAUUGAGUCUUCUCUUACAGAUCAUGAGCAGAAAGAAUCAGAAGCAAAUAGAACGACAGGUUACGAAGGUGAACAGACCAAGAACUGGCCUCCCUCUACUAACUGCAGUACACUGCCAGAGCUGGAGCCAAUUUCAAUACAAAGAGCAGUAAAAGUGACAGAAUGUGGAGCAGAAGAUGACGGAUGGAUUCAAUUCGAUGAAGUAGAAUUUCAACAUAGAAGAGCCUUUUCAGACAGGAAUGCCACGUGGCAGAUGAUGCAGCUGUCUUGUCCGUCUCCCACCCACCUCAUAAACGCUACCUCCACUGCAAUAACAACUACUAAAACCCCAACAGCACCACCACCAACAUCGAGAUCAAUGGACCCAAAACUCAUUAAAACCGACCUUAAUAUCUUCAUAGCCCCUUAUUACAGAGAAAAUGGGCAUGCCCUUAUUUAUAACAACUACUUCAACAAUGACAUAGCCAAUGAAGAUGAUCAGAAUAGUUGUGGGGAGUCUCAAACACUUCAGCUCUUUCCUCUCAGUAGCAGCGGUGGCGGUGUUAGCGGCGGCGAUAGCAGCAGCGGUGGUGGUGAAAGCAUUAAUGAUAAAGAGACUGAUCAGACAUCAGCAGAAGCAGCUAUGAAUGCAAACUUCACUCCUUACAAGUUUUUUGAAUUCCUUCCACUGAAAAACUAACUUUUUUUCUGUUCUUGCCCUAAUUUAAGAGCUGCAUUAGGGUAAUGGGAUUUUGUAUUUUUGUUGGAAAUAGUGUACUGCAUGAACAUUACUUUCUAUUUAAGCUGAUGAUGAUGUUUACAUUA